UAAUUAUCCAGUGGAGAGCAGUGGUGGAGGACUGCCGGCCAAAUCGAAGAAAAGCAAGAGCAGCCAGAGCAAUGCCAGCAUCAAGAAGGUGGAGGCAAGGAAAGCCUUAAGUCUGGAGGCGGCUCAACUCGAGAUCCAGCAAGAGCACAAAACCCUCACCAGACAAGUAGCAGUCAGCAGGUCCCAAACAUUUGAUGUCGACAGCAGAAGCUUUGACAAAACAGAGCAACCUGGCCCAAAAAGCAGUUUCACCAAGCACAACAAGACAUUCCACAAGUUGUUUCCCGACAUUCCCGAGAGCGAAGACUUGAUUCACGCUUAUAUUUGCGCCCUGCAGAGGGAAGUGCCCUACCACGGUCGGCUGUACAUCACAGACACGCACGCCUGCUUCUAUUCCUCCGUUCUGCUCAAGGAAACUAAGGUGGUGGUUCCAGUUUCCUCCAUCCACAUAGUGAAGAAGCAGAACACGGCUUUGCUGGUACCCAACGCCCUGUCGAUCCGCACCAUCGAAGGACUCAAGUAUCUCUUUGUGUCGCUGCGGAACAGAGAGUCGUGUUACCAGCUGCUCUGCUCCGUCUGUCCUCAGGUUGAGGAUGCCAGCACGAACAGCAGCACGCUCUUCUCCUCAGGCGAAAACAGCUUCGAAAAGAACAAACUUGAAAACUCCAGCCAGUCCAGUUUGGAUGACAGCUUUGACCAGAUAGAUAGUUCAGAAACUCAAUCUUUACAGGAGCAGCCUCUGCAGAAAACUUCACCUCAUGGCAGCAGCUCAGCUUUCAGGAGCCUGCACAAGCAGCCAAAUGAUAGCUUACCCUCAGAGGAGUCCUCCGACGCAGGUGGAUCUUUCGUGUGGAAUGUGUUUGAAAAAGCAAAGUCUCUGCUGGUUCAGAGAGAGGCCAGCACCCUCAACACCCUUCUCUUUAUUUACUUGAUUUUGGUUGUGCUGCUGCUGUUGUCUUCAGGCUACAUUGGUUUGCGUAUUUUUGCUCUGGAGGAACAGCUUACGUCCCUCGGUGCGCUGCCGGAGUUCACCUUACACAGCAGGUAUCACAAAGACACGUAACACUGGAUGACCGAAGGAGAGAUUGGUUGACUCACGACUGGAAGAUAAGUUUCGGCAGAACCCCGGAGGGCGAGCUGCAGUGUUUUCAGACGGCUCGCUCUACGACCUUCGCCGUUACGUGGACGAACUCGUGCAAUUUCAGAGACGACUUGAAGGGCUCUUGAAAACAGCUAAAGCUGACGUCCGCGUAGCCAAAGCCAAAUGUAUUCCGUGUGCUGCCUGGCUGCAGCGCGUCUGUCAAACCAAAGCCAAGGGGCUCGGACUCUGCAAGGUGCCACACAAGCCAAGUCGAUGGCCGCUUUGCACAAACCUCUUUAUAUUUCCAGAGCAUGCAUAUCAACAGGGCUAUAUCAAGUCAGCCUGCUGUAGCGCUUUUUGCUGCACCUCAACACUGGAGACGUAGUGCUAUGCAUAGCCAAAGAUGCACACGGUGCAUGUCUUUUGCAUGAGAGAUAACAUUUCCGUCUGUACGUAACACUCCAUCUCUGAGCUGCACACUCAGUCCCGUCUCGCUCUUCGUUUGAAGUUUUGCGUCCUCCAGAUCGCUCUUAUCUCUCUAAUCAGAGCUGAAGCGAUGACGGAAGAGAUUCUUCCACUUUUCCAAAGGUCUUAUCCUCUCUCUCUUUCUUACAAUCACUGCAGUAUUACUUUCCUCGUCUUUGGCAUGAUUUAAAACCUGUUUAAUGAUCAAUGUUCCGAGGUUCCAGGCUAAAUGCAUCAUCAAUGCACAAUUACUUAGUACAACAGAACUUGACAAAGUGGUCUUAGAGGCAUAAACUUUCAUUUAAAUGAUUCUUUUGUGUGAAAUGAGAACUAAGCAACAUUUUUUUUUUUUUUUAGAUCCUCAAGUUGGCUUUUAAGUAGCAUCUAUUAAAUAUUUCAAAUGCAUGUGUCUGCAGAUACGACACACUUGACUGAUACUGUAAAUGUAUUCUUGCUUUUGUCACGUUGGAGGGGGGUGAGAGUUCAAAACCAUGCUGUGAGGUCCAAGUUUAAAAAAGAAAAUUCAAAACAAGUGGUCCAAAAACAGUUUCGAUAUGCAACAAAUUGUUAUGCAUGGAAAAAAAAAACUGUAAUUUAUUCUGGUGUGUUUGUGUUGAUACGUGGAGCUUGAUGUUUGCUGGGGCUGAAAUCAGAAAAAGACAGUGGAAUGAAAAGAGCAGCUCAAGAGAGCAAGCGCACUUUAAAUGAUGUGUUGUGCCUGUCACGGUCCAAACCCCCCCACACACACCUGGUUUGGAUUGAGAAGAAACGGCAAAAGUUGGCAUUCUGUGGGAUCUGACGGUGCUAAGAUCAUUUUCACUUUAAGUCCACAUCAUCCCAGUAAUUGUCAAAUCAAAGUCAAGUUUUAUUGAUUUCACUUUUUUUCAAAUUGUUUAAAUAUAUUUGUUCGGAUGAGAAAAGUCUUUCCUGACUUGAACGCACCUUUACCAAGUUUCUCAGAAUGCUCGCUUUUUCUUACUUCCUGGUUUUGAUAAAACUGAUUUGAACCACAUAUCUGAUCUGACCUUCAGCAUCACCCUGUUAGUAGAAGCCCCUCUAUGAGACAUGUCGACUAACUUUGGCAUUCUCAUUCCUGGAAAGUCUUCUGCAAUGUUUUCUUUUUUUUAUAGACACUCCUUCCUCCCACCAGGGGGCAGCGCACACACCUACUGUCCUCAUUACUGGAUGAGGGCUGUAUUUAGGUGGUUUUGCACUAUUCAGAGUGUAAAUAAUUUUGUACCAGUUGUUAAUGUCCUUAAUUCUAUUAUGGUCCUAAAUAUAUCUAAAUAUAUUUAUUUGCAUUCUAUGUAAUCCAAAGCAGUCUCUGUGAGAUGACCUUACUCUUGUUCAAAAUUAAAAAUGUUUUGAGAUAAAUAA